AUGCCUUCCAAGACAGUCCUCAUCACUGGAUGUAGUGCUGGCGGUAUUGGCCAUGCCUUGGCCAUGGAAUUCCAAAGGCGUGGCCUGACAGUCUUCGCAACUGCUCGCAGCACUUCAAAGAUGUCCGGUCUUGAGAAGCUGCCCAACACAACCCUCCUUUCCCUAGACGUCACUUCACCCACGUCCAUAGCCGAGGCCGUCGAGCGUGUCAAGGCUCAAACAGGAGGCAAGCUCGACUACCUGGUCAACAACUCUGGCCGGAACAUCAUGAUCCCUGCGCUAGACGCAGACAUCGAUGACGCCAAGGAGAUGUUCGACGUAAACUUCUGGGGCAUACUACGCAUGGUCCAGGGCUUUGCGCCGCUCUUGAUCGAGGCCAAAGGCACGAUUGUCAAUAUCGGAUCGAUCGUGGCAUACCUGCACAAACCUUUCACUAGUAAGCUCGAGUUUCCCGAACGCUCCGUCGCCCGGGCAUUGUCUCUUGCUGACAGGCUUCGUGCAGGCUUGUACAAUGCAUCGAAAGCAGCCGUACACCAAUUCGAUGAGACCCUACGUCUCGAAAUGGCUCCUCUUGGCGUGAAGGUCGUCACCGUCGUGACUGGCUCGAUUGAGACGAAUAUCAUUACUAACUGCCCUGAACCACACCUCCCGCCGACGUCGAGGUACCUCGCCGCCAAGGGGGCUCUGGAUAAGCAGUACGAGAACAAGCUAGAUUUCAAGCAGGCUACCCCCGAUGCGUUUGCGAAACAGGUCGUUGGCGAUGUGCUUGGUGGCGCUGUCGGCAAGGUCUUCCGGGGUCCGUACGCUGGAACUGUCCGGUGGGCAUCACACAUUAUGCCGAUGUGGAUGCAGGACAGAAUAUUGCUUGACGGGUCGGACCUGGACAAGGUUGGCAAGACAGCCUCUUAG